AUGGCUUCGGACUUGUCGAUCUUCAUUCCCACUACUAUGAUCAACCGGAAGCUCUGCCAAUCCUUGAACUGUGACAAGGUUGGCGGAACCCAUAAAUACCCACUGGCUCUGACCAUGCAUCUGGCUUCAGCCGUUCAGAGCCCAUGGAUGGGACUUGCGCAGUUCUCCUUGUUGCCCUUGGACUGGAAUUUUAUGCAGGAUCCAACUUCCACUGCCCGUGAUCGAUAG